UCCCGAUGGGUCGUAUUCCUCGUACUGUGGUACGAGUCAUCGGGAUGCUAUGAGACAGGUGAAGGGCGGCCCACAAGGCUCUGUCAAACUCUGCAAGCACUGCGAAGCACGGCCGGUGUACGUCGAAAACAAUCGCGAGCUCGACUUCUGCGGUAUACGCUGUCGCACCGCAUUUCAGAAGGGACAGGAGAACCCAGGGAGUGUCCGUGCGUCGCCCGCCCCCACAUCACCUGCCACCUGCAAGCUCCCCCAAUGCGAGAAGCCAGUAUUCGUGGACAGAAAUGGCGUGCCAGGUGAAUACUGUACCAACGCACAUCGCCUCGAGUCCAUUCGGAACGCAGGGGCAGAGAAAUGCCUUUAUUGCUUGAGGUGGCCGAAGGUCAUCAUGAAUGACACGUUGAGUGAUUUCUGUUCCAAACGAUGCAGUGAGACCAUCUUCACCUCAGCACCUAUUCUACUCAUUAUCAAGAACGAUAUGGAGUCCUUCAAAGAUGUGUCGAAGCAAUUUCGGGAUCAAUGGAAGCACCGGACCGUUGUUCCCACUGUCGUCCAGAUCUGGAAGAUCUACAGCGACAAGCAGCAUAAUGAUCAGUUCUCUCGAUACCGUCUUGAAGUGGAACGCACGAGCGGUGUGUCAGGCGGUAACAGCAAACGCCGUUGGCACGGGACGAUCCGUGCGUGCAGCAUCGGGGAUACUGAGAGACAGUCCCACGUGUGCAACAGCCCUGCUUGUUCGCUCUGUGGAAUCAUCAAGACGUCCUUCCGCCUUGCGAGAUUUGGCCAUCGCACGAACUUCGGUCGGUUCGGCGCGGGCAUAUACACGUCCGCGACUUCCUCCAAGGCCAACGACUACAUCCAGCAGCAAGGUCGAUCACCAUACAAGGCAAUGCUCCUCAACGACGUCGUGAUGGGCAAAGUCAUCAAAAUGACCACCGAUAACCCGACGCUCACUGCGCCACCUGCGGGAUAUGAUUCGGUGGUCGGCGAGCCUGGCAGAAGUCUCAAUUAUGACGAGGCCAUUGUCUACAAGAAUGAGGCCAUUCGUCCGCUCUUCCUAGUCAUCUUUCGUCCCUGACCGCUGCCGCGCACUCGUCAAUCAAAUUUGCUUCUGUAGCGUUGGCGCUGUUGGUAGCGUUUGCUUGUAAAGAAUAUGCCAGUGUACACAUACGGUGCCAGGUGAAGAACCAAGAGGGAUGCGCUUCAUCUGCGCGCACGAUCGUCGUA